AUGGCACUCACACCAUUUGAUCGUCUCCCACCCGAGAUCGUGUCAAUGAUCCUGGUUGACCUGGACUUUGCCGAUUCUUCUAGCUUGCUGGCUCUCGCUUGCACCAGCAAAGCGUCUUUUGCGGUCACUGCAUCACAUCUCUACAAGACUGUGCGGGUAUGGCUAAAGGAUGAGUCUGAAGUAACGCUUGCCAGAGAACCUAAUCGACUAUUCGAGAAUCUCGACCGACGGGGAGUUUAA